AAAAAGAAAAUCAAACCAUCAUCGUGACAUAAAACCAGCCUGAUCUUUUUUUUUUUUGAGAGAGUCGAACCAGUCUGAUCUUAAUAACGUGAUCAGAAAAAAAAAAGAUAAAGACUCGACCACGGGCGGGCUCGAAGGAACAGCUGGCGUCGAACCGAAACCUGGCUGCGUCGGUCUGUCCGUAGCCUGUACACACAUACGUAGAAAAUACGCUACAGUAUACGUAGCGAGCACGCUACCGUAUUCGACGUAUAAUACCUAGCGUCGACGCCCUAAUUCGGCAAAUCCACAGCUUUUUCGUCGCAAUCACGCGCGAACAAGAAUCUCCAGCUCCAAUCGCCCCGCCGCCAUGGCGCACCACCGCCGCCGCAGCUGCCUGCGCCGUGUUGCCACCAUCGCGGGCGGCGUGUCAGCCGGCCUCCUCCUCCUCGCCGGCGGCCAUACCUACGUCCACGGUCAGCUCUUCUCACCGGGCUUGCUGCCCCUUGGCCUCGGCGGCGGCGCCGACUGCUUGCCGUCCUUCGCCCCGCCGUCCUUCGCCCCGCCGCCCUUCGCCCUCUCGCCGCUGCCGCCCUACCUCCUGUCGGAGGCCGAGGCCGAGGCCCCGCAGCCGGAAGCCAACCUCCCGCGCCGCCUUCUGCCCGGACAUCGCUCGCCGCCGCCGCCGCCCUGCCUCCCCUCAAACUUGAACUUGGACUCGGAAGCCGACCGCUCGCACGACGACGCUGAUGCUGUCUUGCUCCCGGACUGGGAGGUCCUUCUCCUUGCUGACGCUGAGCCUGGCUCCAAGGCGACGUGCGCCUUCCAGGGUGGGGCUUCGUCCCCGGCGAGAGCGCUCGGGAGGCUGCCGGGGUCGGGCCGCCACGCCUACGUCUGCCCAAUGCCCGAGCCUGCCCGGAGCAUCCAGCCGCUCCAAGCACCGGUGCUGCUCCCCACCUCGGCUGCCUCUGCCGAUUGUCCUGGCCACGCGCUGCUGAAUUGGACAGAUCGGAUCGCGUUCAGCUCUGCAACUCUGGACAAUGGGGACGUUCUGGUGUUUGCCAAGGGUGUUAACCACGCUGCUGGUGGAGUCCAGUGCAUCUAUCGCCACUGCGGCGAUGCCCAUGGGGUGGUGGCCUCGUUCCCGGCCAUCACGUCCGUGCAGCAGGUUACCCGGUGCCCUCCGCCACCGAUGCAUCUCAACUCCAGGAACACGGAGCUCCGUAUCACUGUGUCAGCCACCGGCGAGGAUCCGAUCCCCUCACUGGCGACUUACCGUCCACAACAGAGUGAAAGUGGCUUGCUGCUGACACCAGAAAAGAACCUGAUUUGCGCAUGCACCAUGGUACACAAUGUCUCGAAAUUCCUUCGUGAGUGGGUGCUGUACCAUGCCGCUGUUGGCGUUGAUCACUUCUUCCUGUAUGACAACGGAAGUCUGGAUGACUUCGCUGAUCAAGUCGCUCAGUUGAGGUCCACCGGAAUCAAAAUCUCUACCGUGCCUUGGCCGUGGAUCAAAAUGCAGGAAGCCGGCUUCUCCCAUUCUGCUGCAACGCACCAGCGCUCUUGCAAGUGGAUGGCCUUUAUUGACGUCGACGAAUUCAUUUUCUCGCCCAACUGGAGUGGAUCUGAGCAGCCAUCGAAAGCAAUGCUUCAAGCUCUUGUUUCAGUUGAUCCAGACAUCGGGCAGGUAUAUCUGUGGUGCUUUGAUUUUGCCCCAUCUGGCCAAACAUCACACCCACAGGAGGGUGUCAUCCAAGGAUACACAUGCCGUCGGAAGCAGAUUCUUCGGCACAAAUCGCUGGUUCGGCUUGAUGCCGUCGACCAUUCUUUGGAGAAUGCGAUUCACCACUUCACACUCAAGGCUGGUUUCAAGAGCAUAUGGAACUUUCAGGCACGUGUCAACCACUAUAAAUACCAGGCAUGGACUGAAUUCAAGUCCAAGUUCAAACGGCGAGUAUCUGCCUACGUGGCUGACUGGAGAGAUCCGAUCAACCUUGAGUCCGCUGACCGGGCCCCUGGUUUAGGAGUUGACGGAGUUGAACCGGUUGAUUGGGCACAAAGGUAUUGCGACAUCAAGGAUAACCUGCUUCAGCAAUUGAGCAGAAGAUGGUUCGGCAAUGGAUUGGGAAGUCCGGGCUCUCAGGAUACUUAGGCUUGGCCAUAUCUGUAAACUGCGAUUGUCUAGAAGGAUCUAGAGGUAUUAGAGAUGAAAUUGUAAUAUAGUUUAAACUUGUCUCUUUGCCUCCCAAGAUCAAUCUAGGAACCAACCUGUACAUCGCUUGCCACGUUCGGCACCUAUAAAUAAACAUCAGGCGGCCUCCAAUGGAGCUGUAGCGGUUCAUCGCCACCGCCGUCUCUGAGGAAUUCCUGUCCAGCACUGACAAGGAUGGGAAGCAGCACUGACAACAUUCAUAAGGUUCAAAGGGUGGCAGUUUAAGUUUGCUGAAGGUUUGGUAUCACUUCUGCUCCAGGUAGGAGAUCUUCGAGCAGGAUACCAUGUACAAAAGGUUUGCUACUUAAUUCUCUAAAAAACCGUGCUUCCGCACCACCAUCCUGUGGCACGAGGCCUGAUCCAAUGAUUUCAGAGAACAUUUACUAUGUUUAUGGAUCACUACAUGUUCUGCUGGAACAAGGUAAGUCAUUUCAAAGGAAUCUUUGAAUCAGAGGGAUGGCAAGUUUGAUGCACUGAUUGCUGUCAAAUGGGCCGAGUUAAUUCUUUCCUCCAGAUACGCUAUGGAUAAACAUAAAGCCUUGCAACAUUGAUGGUGUUGCAAAAUCUUUCUUGCAACAAGAAGGAUGUUGCAAGAAAAAAAUCAUGAUCGGUUGUUCACCGCGAACGAUGGUGAGGGACAAGCGGCAGCGCCCGUCCCCGCCGUCGCAUCGCCGGUGGCGAGCAUCGAACCUUAGACCAUGUCGCCUCGCUGCCAUCCUCCUCUCCGGCGAGGUGGGGUACCGUGUGCGGGCGACGGUCGUGAUGGAGGUGGGCGGCAACGGCAACCACAGCACCCGAUCACCUGUGGCGUGUACGGUUGCCGGCGCUGGUGCCAAAGCGUCGGGUGAUGCUUGUGGGAUCUGGAUGUCGCCCCAUGACAGUUUUGUCCUCGUCUUCGUCGGUCCGCACCAGACCAAUUGUUACGGUGGUAAAAUUGUAACAAUGGGUCUGUUGCAAACCUGAAUGGUAGUAGCCCAUGGACCGCGUGGCUUGUAGAGAAGACGGCAGACAUGAAAGCUGCGAUCUGCCGGCUGAACUAGAGCAUUUUCCUUAUGAAAAACCCUUGAAUAGUUAUGAAGAAAUACUCACUUUUCAGUCCUGGUUCAACUAUGACUGCAUGUUGUGAUGUAACCAUGCAAGGAAGAAACCACGAGUCGAGAUGAAUCACUUGCGUGAGAUUCCGAUUAGCCGAUCCAGUUCUAUGGCUGGACCUGAAGCCUCGAAGGCCGUUUGCACGGAGAUGCCUGUUGAGCUGCUAAUGUUGACACGUAACAUAUUUGUUGUACACUAGUAUACACGUUCAGUUGUACUCUCCUACUCCCUCUGCACCAUAAUAAUUGUAGUUGGGGAAAACUAGUUUAGUUGUCUCUAAUUAUAAAUAUUAUGGUACGGAGGGAGUAGAAUAUAAUAUAAGAUUUUAUAGAUAACCCAGGCCUGCGUGCUGCCUCUCUGGGGCUCCCUUCCGUGUAUAACUAUGUAAUCUGUGCUACGAUGGAAUACAAAGAGAAUAAUUUUUUCGUCUA